AUGUAUAUCUCUUUGAUAUUUUGUCUGGAUGCUGCAGGCAAAACAACUAUACUAUACCGAUUAAAACUUGGUGAAUUGGUAACUACCAUCUCGACAAUUGGUUUCAAUGUGGAAACAAUUCAAUAUCGAGAUAUCAGUUUCACCGCUUGGGAUAUAGGAAGCAGAGAUAAGUUUAGGCCACUUUUCCGACAUUAUUACAAAGGUACAGAUGCUGUAGUCUUUGUCAUUGACAGUGCUGACCGUGAACGACUUGAUGAACUGAGCUAUGACGUCAUUCGGCCAGCCUUUGUGGCUGAAGAAUUGGUCAAUGCUGUGUUUUUGUUUUUAGCCAAUAAACAGGAUUUGCCUGAAGCAAUGACAGUUGACGAAAUCACCGACAAACUCUCACUAAAGAACUUGAAACACAAUUGGAAUAUAAUGCCUGUAAGUGCACUGACUGGACAGGGACUGACUGAAGCUCUGGAUUGGUUAGCAUGUCAGCUGGGUUCAGUACAAGCCAAAAAAGCCGUCUACUCCACAGUGCCCCCAGCUUUGGAUGAAAUCCCCCGACCUCUGCGAGAAUCUGGGGACAGGCUUGAUCAUGGCAUGGACUACUGUACAAGAGCUUACACUGCCAUCAAGUGCCUCUUCUUCAGAACAAACCGACCACAAGAUAACCCAGAGAACCGGACAAAUCGAAUUCAGGACUCUGUUCAGGAUACACGAAUGAGUGGCAGAUUUCAAAGCUCACCAGAGAAAUAG